GAGCACUUUCCCCGGCGAGUUGUCAGAGGUCCUCCCGGCGCAGCGCAGCCGCCUUCCGUCCUGCGUCCUGGAGGAGUUCCUCGACGGCGCGCCGACGGGGCGGGCAGCCCACUGAUCUCGUAGAUGACCAGGCUCUGAGAGCUGACCUUCAAAACCACUCCAUCUUGGGCUCCCCCCCCAAAAAAAUCCCUUCCUUCAUAGGUGUGGCUGAGCCAGGCAGUCUCAAUGCCUAAACACAGCAAAGUGACCCAGAAGGAACAAAGUACUGAGCAUGUCACUGAAUCAGUGGCUGAUCUCCUGGCCCUCGAGGAGCCUGUGGACUAUAGACAGAGUGUCUUAAAUGUGGCUGGAGAAAACUGGAACAAGCAGCAGGAUGUGGAUGAAGCUGGUGAGGAUCGGCCAGCGUGGAACAAUAAACUGCAGUACAUUUUGGCUCAGAUUGGCUACUCCGUGGGGCUGGGGAAUGUCUGGCGCUUUCCGUAUUUGUGUCAAAAGAAUGGUGGAGGUGCCUAUCUGGUUCCGUAUCUCAUAUUGCUCAUCCUCAUCGGCAUCCCUCUCUUCUUUCUGGAGUUGGCUGUUGGCCAGAGGAUCCGCCGGGGCAGUAUAGGAGUGUGGAAUUACAUCUGCCCUCGGUUGGGGGGCAUUGGAUUUGCCAGCUGCCUUGUCUGCUUGUUUGUUGGGCUCUACUACAAUGUGAUCAUAGGAUGGAGCAUCUUUUACUUUUUUAAAUCCUUCCAGUACCCGCUGCCUUGGGGCGAGUGCCCCGUCAUAAGGAAUGGCACAGUGGCAACCGUGGAACCAGAAUGCGACAAAAGCUCUGCUACUACUUACUUCUGGUACCGGGAUGCCCUGGACAUCUCCGACUCCAUUAAUGAGAGUGGUGGGCUUAACUGGAGAAUGACUUUAUGCCUUCUGGCAGCUUGGAGCAUUGUAGGCUUGGCCAUGAUCAAAGGAAUUCAGUCUUCAGGAAAGGUGAUGUAUUUCAGCUCCCUUUUUCCUUACGUGGUACUGAUCUGUUUCCUGGUCCGGGGAUUGCUCUUGAGGGGGGCGAUAGAUGGAAUUCUGCACAUGCUCACUCCCAAGCUAGAUAAAAUGUUGGAUAUCCAGGUGUGGCGGGAAGCAGCCACUCAGGUCUUCUUUGCCCUCGGACUGGGCUUUGGCGGAGUUAUUGCUUUUUCCAGUUACAACAAGCAGGACAAUAACUGCCACUUCGAUGCAGCCUUGGUCUCCUUCAUCAACUUCUUCACCUCCAUUUUGGCCACACUGGUAGUCUUUGCUGUGCUGGGCUUCAAAGCCAAUGUCAUGAAUGAAAAGUGUGUGGUUGAGAAUGCUGAGAAGAUUCUGGGUUAUCUGAAUACCAAUGUCCUCAGCCAUGCACUCAUCCCACCCCAAGUGAACUUCUCCCAUCUCACAUCCAAAGACUACAGCGAGAUGUAUGGUGUGAUAAAGACAGUGAAUAAGGAUCAUUUCGAUAAGCUGGGCCUGGAUCCUUGUCUACUGGAAGAUGAGCUUAACAAGUCAGUGCAGGGAACUGGCCUUGCAUUCAUAGCUUUCACAGAAGCAAUGACCCACUUUCCAGCUUCUCCUUUCUGGUCAGUGAUGUUCUUCUUGAUGCUGAUAAACCUGGGUUUGGGGAGCAUGAUUGGGACCAUGGCUGGCAUCACCACACCCAUCAUUGACAUGUUCAAAGUGCGCAAGGAAGCUUUAACAGUUGGCUGCUGCAUUUUUGCUUUCUUCGUGGGGCUGAUCUUUGUGCAACGCUCAGGCAACUACUUUGUCAACAUGUUUGAUGAUUACUCUGCAACGCUGCCACUCACCCUCGUAGUCAUCCUGGAAAACAUUGCGGUGGCUUGGAUUUACGGCACCAAGAAAUUCAUGCAAGAAUUAACAGAGAUGCUGGGUUUCCGCCCUUACCGGUUUUACUUCUACACAUGGAAGUACAUCUCGCCCAUUUGCAUGGCUGGCCUAAUGACAGCCAGUGUGAUCCAGCUAGCUGUCAGUCCUCCAGGUUAUAAUGCCUGGAUCCGAGAAGAGGCAGCAGAGAAAUAUCUCUAUUACCCCAAAUGGGCAAUGGGCAUCCUUGUCUCACUGAUCAUCCUGGCCACCCUUCCUCUGCCGGUCGUCUUCAUCCUCCGCCAGUUUCACCUGCUGUCAGAUGGCUCCAAUGCUCUUUCUGUCACUUACAAGAAGGGGCGUAUAAUGAAGGACAUCUCCAACUUAGAAGACAAUGAUGAGACACGUUUCAUCUUGAGUAAAGGACCCAGUGAAACCCCUUCCCCAAUGCCCACACACCGUUCUUAUCUAGGCCCAGGGAGCACAUCCCCAAUGGAGAUGAGCAGCGUUGCCAAUGGACGCUACAGUAGCGGGUACCUUACGGCUACCACUCCCGAAUCUGAGCUGUGACCGUCAACCAGCAACCUCCCUCUGUUUGCUGGGUAAAGGAGAGGAGGUCCAGGAGAAGGAACCUCUGCUUUAGAACCCCUUCCCAGAAUUUACAGCAGACAGGGACUAGAUGAUGUCAAGAGAGGGUAGACGUGGGAAGGGGCCUUCUCCAGCUGAAAUGCCAGAUCCCUCCUCAGUGAAUAAUAGUAAUAAGACAUUGCAAUAAAUUUUUAUGGGCACACAGAAAUUUUUAGCCAAUUGGUAUUGAAAAACACAAAUUGCUCCUAUAUAAGCAGCCAGAGGCUGGAAAAGGGGGAUAAGAUAAGGCAGCAGCCAAAGAAAAGAGCUUCAUGUUUUCUGGAUCUCUCUCCUUGUCCAUCUCUUUCCUCUAGUUGGGAAAAGAGAUGUGCCUCAUUCCACUGAGUAUGUUUAAUCACCACCGUUUGUAGCACAAGGAAGAUCAAUCCUCUUGGUAUGGAUUCCACCAGACCACCUGUGGUUUUACACUCUGAUAAUCUCCAAAUAGCACAUUCUUGGUCAACACUUCUUGCAAGUCUGGGCCAAGAUAUAUUUUAUGUAGGCAGCACAUUACAAUGCCUGGCGAUGCCAUCAUGUGAUACCUGCCACGUCAUUGCUGAUGUUGGAUCAAAAACAGUAAGGAACAAUGGGAUCUCGUUUCAGUGAAGUUUGCAUUGGUAUGCGUCCUAAUGUUACUCGCAGUAUUCCUUCACCAAACGUCUGCUCACGCAGCGGUGCAAAUUCAGGUAUGUGCCAUGUGCAUAGGCCAGAAUCAGAAAACUGUUCCAUCAAUGUAAAUUUUCUGGAAUUUGUGGUGUCACUCCUGAUAUCUACAUAACUCUGAGCAGGCUGUGACCUCAGCCAUUUUAUCAAAUGCACCAUCUGACAGAAACCUUUUCAGUAGCAGCCAUACUCUACACAAGCACUGUGAGUGCAUGCUGGAGUCUUUUUGCUGGCAGUUUUGGGACAUUCAAAGCACCUUUAAAAAUAAUAAUAAUAAUAAAGGUUCUUACUGAAGAGAGUGUGCAACAUCUUUCAAGGUAGUCUAAGUGUGUUGGGUCUGUUGCAUUUCCCAUUAGAUGGUGCAGUCAUUGCCUUGUACUCUUGUGAAUGUGGCUGUGCAUGUGUCACAGUCAUUUAGGAUGCAGCCGAUAACAUUUUUAAUGAAUAGUGAUUCAGCUCCAUCCAGCCUCUGGUUAGUCACAUUUAGCUGGUGACUGAACCCUAUCUUAAAAGUUUUCUAUUAUUUUCAUUUUAGUAACCAGGUGGUCAUGCAGUUCUUGCGUGGGAGUACACACUUAAUGGGAUUCUUUAAAAGAAUGUUGCUCAUAUGUGCCACCGAAUUUUUAAAAACCUCUUAAAGAUUUUUCUUUCUUUCUUAAUUUGCAGUUUGAGCACUCCCCUCUGCACAGUGAGUCUGUGGGAGCGCACAUUUCGCCUGCCGGAGAACAGCAGAAAGGCACCGCUGCCACAAACCUGCCCCCAAAAUGUCAAAGUGCAACAGACUCUUGUGCUGUUGCAUAUGAUAUUUAUGCUGCCAAUGGCUAAAUGUGCAGAAGCUGCUUUAAGUGCUUUAUGGCUAAGGUGAUUUGAGAGAAUAGUCACGGUCGUUGAUCCGUAGAAAGAUCCAUGACCAAAAGUUAUAUUGUUUUCUCCUGAAGAGUAUAAGAUGAGGAAAAUGGAACUCUGAGAGUCUUUUCAUGCUUGCUAACACGGGGGCAGCUUGUCUCAUGAGCAGCUCUUUAGUGGCCUUAAGUUAGGGGACAUGUCUGGCUCCGGAAGUGCAUGUGUGCAGCAGAUAGCAGUGUUGGUUCCAGUGACAGUUGACUGAUCCAAUCAGCCAUGCAUUUAUUACAACACGGCCUGAGCUUACAAUCCUGUGCUCAGGCAUUUGGGAGUAGGGUUGAACAGAUUGG